AUGACUUUACCGAUUUUAACCACUACUUCAACAGUUGAAAAUACACCAAAAUAUUCAGGCAGAGCCUUCCCACUUCUUCCCAACGAAGUCAGUUUAAUUAUCUUUUCUUUUUUGACACAUGAAGUACGUUUAAACUUGUGUAGAGUGUCUAAAGCAUUUAGAUCUUUAAUGUACGCGCCAUGUUUCUGGCAGGAAGUAGUAAUUUAUAACAUAAAAGGUCUUGAGCUUGAUAAAACCUUGGAAAUCUUGAAAUGCGUGCAAGCAUUGGAUGCUAGAGCUCUCAAAAUUAAUGAUGUAUUCGUCAAGAAAUUGUUAGCUAGUUCUGCUAGAAAUACUCUUAAAGUGUUGGACCUUUCUGUCACAAAAAUUACAGAUGAAUCAUUAUCACUUAUUGGAAAGAAUUGUACAUCGCUUGAACAAUUUUUUCUAGAAGGAUGCAGAAAAAUAUCCAAUAUAUCACCAUUAACUUCAUUAUGUAAAUUAACAACGCUAAUAUUAUCACAUUGUAUAUUAAUAAAUGAUAACUCAAUUGAGUCACUUUUCUUAUAUCCUAAUCCUCUCUUGCAAACUUUAACUAAAUUAAGUAUUGAUGGAUGUGAUAAAGUAACAGACCUUGGAAUUGAGUUAAUUGUAACUAAAUUUACCAAAUUAAAAUAUUUAGAUAUUGAUGGGCAAGGAAUAAGUGAUAUUUCAAUCACACAAAUAUUUAGAAAUUGCAAGGAAUUAGAAUUAUUAGCUGUUUCUUUUUGUGAAUAUUUAACUGAUAAAGUAUUGAUUGAGAUAAUCGAACAUUUGCAACCAAAUUUUAAAUUUCUAAAAUUCAGAAAGGGGGAUUUAUUUACCGAAGCAGGGUUUAAUCAUUUUUUUCAAGCAUUAUCGGAUAGAGGACAUUCGUUCCACUCGUUAGAUUUAUCAGAAUGUGCAAAUAUAACGAAUCUAAGUUUAUCACUUCUUCGUCAAUCACAAUUAAAACUGAUAAAUUUAAAUUGGUGUUGGAAUGUUACAGAUCCUUCAUUAUUUCAUUUAAUGUCAGGAUGUCCAAAUCUUCAACAAAUUAUGUUAACAGGUUGCAAUCAAAUAACGUGUGAAUCAUUAUUAACCAAGGGUGGAGUCUUUCGAAAUGACUUAUCUUCAUUAAUGAUAUUAGAUUUUGGUGCCUGUAGAAACAUUGAACCUGAUAUUAUUAUUCGCUUUGGUCUAUCUUACCCAAAACUAUAUAUUAUAGAUUAUUAUGGUGAAGUUUAUAAACAAGAGAAAAAAGGUGGGGUAAAUUAA